AUGACGCGAUCCUGGCAUUGCCGGGCCUGCGAAUACGCUAUCCGGACAUCACCCGGGCUGUGCUUGCGUUGAGGAUCAGCGAGUGCGGCCGCUUCGGAUUCCUUGAGGAGAUGCAAGUGAAGUCUGUGUGGGGAAACACCUUCACUUACAACGCGGCCAUUGGCGCCUUGGGAAAGGGCCGGCAAUGGCAAAAAGCUCUCCGCCUUUUCUAUGGCCUUCAAGAAGCGACCGUGGACAAGGAUCUUGUCUCCUACAACACCGCCAUCAAUGCAUGCAAAGACGCCGGGAGAUGGGCCGCGGCUUUGUCCCUGCUCUCCGAAGUGCUCUCCUGUGGCCUUCAAGCAGACCUCAUCACUUUCAAUGCUGCCAUCGGUGCUUGCGAGAAGUCGGGGCAGUGGCAGCCCGCCUUGCAACUGCUUCAAGCUUUGGAGGAUCGCAAGCUCGUACCCCAGGCAAUGACUUGGGUUGGGCUCAUCAGCGCUUGCAGCCGUGCAGGGCUCUGGAUGGAGGCUCUUGGUUAUUUGUCUCGGCACUUGACCGACGAGCCGAAGUCUCCCAGCACGAUCGUGUACAGCGUGACCAUCAGCGCCUGUGACAAGGCCGGCCAGUGGCAGCAGGCACUGUCAUUGCUGACGCAGUUGGAGCAGCAAAGCUUAGAGAAGAACGUGGUGUGCCAAAACGCGGCGAUGAGCGCUUGCGUCAAGUGCACGAUGUGGCAGCUGGCCGUGCAGCUGUUCGCAGAUCUCAAAGCCUCCUGGCUGAAUGAGCUGAAGCGAGCGUGGUGUCUUACAACACUGCCAUCGCUGCCUAUGAUCGUGGAGGCUUCGAUGUUGACGCAGCCUGAGAAUUUCGGAUCUGCAGUGCAGGAUGAACCUGCGACCAGCCAGUGGCACAUCGCGCUGGCAAUUUUUGCCGAGCUGUUGAACAGCCAGGCACAGCCAGAUCUCGUGUCCUUCAACACUGCAAUUAACGUAUGCAAGGAGGGCCACGCUGCUGAAGCGAAAUUGCUCUACACGCAGCUCCGAGAAUUCAAGCUGAAGGCAGAUGCCAUCACUUGCACGUCCUUGAUCACCGCCUGUGCGUCUGAAUGGCGACAUGCGCUGGCCUUCCUGGCAGAGUUCUACAGCACCAGAAGCCCUGAUGUCUUCAUAACCAGCGCUGCUGUAAGUGCCUGCACAGAGGGCCUGGAAUGGAAGAGGUCUUUGCAGCUCUUCGCGGAUUUUCAGGAGUCGAGCGCGGAGGCAAACAUCGUCUUGUACAACGCCGCGAUCAGCGCGGCGGCCCGUGUGCGGCACUGGUCCGGGGCACUGGCCCUCAUGCUGGACCUUCGUCGCGCCGAUUUAGCGCCGAACGAGGUGACAUUCAGCGCCGCUAUCUCUGCAUGCUCAGAUCCUGGCUUGUGGCGUUGGGCCCUCUGCCUCUUCGAGCACAGCCGAGGAACGGGCACGGGGGCCAACACCGUGGUGUACACUGCAACUAUGUCAGCCUGCACCCAGCAGUCCCUUUGGCGCCACUCAUUGGCUCUGGCUUGCGAAAUGAUUGCGGAUGGUUUGCCACUGGAUACCAGUGCAUACAACUCCCUUAUCACCGCGUUCACUGCAGGUGAGCAGUGGCAGCGCUCCCUUGACCUCUUCGGCGAAAUGCGUAGUAUGGACUUGCAGGCUGAUGGCGUGUCCUACGGAGCUGCCAUCAAAGCCUGCGAGAAUGGUCAGCACUGGGAGCUCGCACUCAGCUUGCUGGCAGAGUCGGAAACAAGGUCCUUCAAGCCAGACCUGAUCGCCUGCAGCGCAGCGCUGAGUGCCUGCGAGAAAGGAGCGCAGUGGGAGUCGGCCUUGAGCCUGCUCUCGGAGAUGGCCGAGAAGGAGCUAGCCAUGGACGUGGUUGCCUGCUCCGCGGCGAUCAGCGCCUGUGAAAAGAACAGCCGUUGGCAGGAGGGACUGCAACUGCUGUCCAACUUCCAGCACAGCUACGGGGAAGGCGAUCGGAUCAGCUACAACGCGCUCAUAAGCGCUUGCUGCAAGGGUUUCGUGGCAAGCAUAGCCCUCGAGCUUCUGGAGGAAAUGGACCAUUUGUGGACAAGGCCGGAUGGUGUCACUUUUGAUGUCACGAUCCGUGCACUCGCCGACCUCGCUCGAUGGCAACGUGCACUCACUCUCUUCGAGGAGAUGGUCUCCAGGGACGUGCAGGCCGAUGCCAUCGCCUUGAGCGCCCCUGACAAGGCCUCCGCACUCCGAAAGUGUCAGAGCCAACUCAAAGAUUUGCCAAAAGACCCACUCCGGAAAAGGGACUCGCCCAUCAUCAACGUGCGCUUGGCCAUCGGGGCUGCUUUUGGCUUCGCGAGGCUCGCAGAUGCCAGGCUGGCAAGCACUGCGGUCGCGAUGGAGGAGAUUGUGGUGCACGGGAGGAAGGUGCUCAUUUGCCGGCCAAGCAGCUUCAAGCACGAUGAGGGAGUGGAGGAGCCGAAAAGAGCCGUGCUGAAGCCGCCACCACCUCCAAUGCAACCGCCGCCAGCGCCGAAGGAGGAAAGUCAGGCGAUCUUCGACGUCCCUCCACCUCCGAUGGUGCCAGCCGUGCCAGCGACAGCGGCACCAUCAAGUUGCCGACUGUGGAUUGGCAACCUCCCAAGCCGCCAUACACUGAGCCAGCUCAGCGACGACGAAGACGACGCGCAGAACGGGCAGCCCAGCUCCAAGGACAGAGGGGAUAGCAAGGGCGAUAAGGAGGCUUGCUCAUCGUGCAUUGGGAGUGGGCAUGUGCCAAGAGACUGA